UUUUCUUAUUAUUGCACUUUCUUUCCCCUGAUCCAAAAAAAAACAAACAAAAAAAAACAGUUUGUAGCUUUCCUAACAGGAAACUACUUAGCCUGCCAGCCAAUCAGCGCUGCGUCCUCCAUCAGCAUCCAGGAGCAACUCAGGAUCACUUGGAGGAGCAGGACGCAGCAUCCCCGCUGGGAUCUGGACAUCCAUGGAUUCACCUCUUGGCUGGAAUAUCAUUUAACAUAGAAGCGCUCCUUUUCCUCGCUGUUCUCCAUCACUCCCCUGCCACACAGUGAGUUAUCACCCGACCUGUAUCCGUGGCUCGGUGUGUUGCGGUACUUUGCGGACGACUUGCAGCAUAAAAGCAUCGCUAGAAGAUCGCUUCCACUGCGCCAAGAAGAAUCCCCGCCCAUUUCUCAAGCAACUUCAACCUCUCUACUAACUAAAGCCUUUUUUUCUCCUGGAUAAGUGCCUUUACAUCUGCAUCACUUUCAUUUUUUUUAAAGAAAGUAAUUCAUAUUAUUACUUUAAGACUCCUCCUCUCCGCUGCCCGUCAGUCAGUCCAAACAGCUGCAUAGGAAAUGUCUGCCCCCGAUGCUGCUGCUCCUCCAGCUGCUGGACCUCCAGGUGCUCCUGGUGCCCCUGGUCCAGAUGGAGCCCCAGGUGGUGGACCUCCAGCCCCACCCAACACUUCCAGCAACCGCAGACUUCAGCAGACACAAGCACAGGUUGAGGAGGUGGUGGAUAUUAUGAGGGUGAAUGUGGACAAGGUUUUGGAAAGGGACCAGAAGCUUUCAGAGUUGGAUGACAGAGCAGAUGCUCUACAGGCCGGAGCCUCCCAGUUUGAAAGCUGCGCAGCUAAGCUAAAAAACAAGUACUGGUGGAAGAACUGCAAGAUGAUGAUCAUGAUGGGCAUCAUUGGAGUCAUUGUAGUUGGAAUAAUAUUCUUGUACUUCUUCUAUUAAGCUCCUCCCAUCAUCACAGAUGAACUCAAACCGAAGGACAACAUUACAGGGAAGAAGAAAAAAAAUGAAGAAUACCAAGCGCCACUCCUCCCUUCAAUCAGCCUUUCUCUCUCUUCACACAGUCUUCCAUUGAACCUUCCUCCACUUAAAAAGUAGUGUUCCUUCAUUUGUGUCUCUGCUCCCUUUGUUCCCCUUUCCCCACCUUCCUCCUUGCUGCUUUCUCUCAGUGUUUCUCCACGAGGUCUCGCUCACUCUCUCCAGUCUCUGGCCCUCAUGUAUAAUUGAAGGCUGCUGCUGACAGACGGAAACCAGGAGGAAAGAUAGAACGACAAAAGGAGAAGGUAGACAGAACUAAGGGGAGAUUGAAAAAAACAGUUCUCAGUUAAGCUUGUCCACCUUUUUGUCAUUUUGUUCUAAAGAGACCUUCAUUUGUAAAUUGA